GCCUCGCUGGCAAAGAAAACCAGCUACUUGUACGAUGGUCCGACCGCAAGAUGGUCCGUGAUUUGUGGGAUGGCCCCCUCUUUCCGGCUCCUGCUAGUUCCUUGCGGGUACUCUCAGAGUCCGCCGAGGUCAUUCCUCCUGAAUCAUUCGCCAGGAGGAGCGGAGGGGUUUAUUCUCCGUGCGAAGGCAAUCUUUCUGGCUCCUGCUAGUUCCUUGUGGGUCACCCACCUGUUUUGUGACGGUACUUUGAGUCCGUCGAGGUCAUUCCUCCUGAGUCCUUGGCCAGGAAGUGCGGAUUUUUCACGCGCGUACAUUAUCGGCGUCAGAGGUCACCCUACUAUUGACUAGGUGUAGAGCCUAGUGAGCUCACCCUAGUGACGUGUGGAGCAUCCAUGAGUGGAGCACCGCUCCCCCCCCUGGCCCGCUUUUUUGGAAUCAUGCAGCGCGGUCCGGCGGCAAGAAUGGCCGUGAUUUGUGGAAUUUCCUCCUCUUUCUGGCUCGAGCUAGUUUCUUCCGGCGACUCACAGAUACCGAGGUAGGUCCAACAGAGGUCGGUCCAACGGAGGUCGGUCCAACGAAGGUUGGUCCCACGGAGUCACGCAUACUCCACUCUGCCUCGGCUUAGAUACUAUCGAGGGGAGAAGCCAACGAUAGCAUGCACCAUAAAGCCGACGGCACAACUUUCGACGAGCGUGCGAUACAAACAGCUUGCCUUCGAGAAAGAAGUUCUUUCCCACUGGGAAUCUCCAAAGCCAGCUUGUCUUUCCUUGUCACUGAUAGACUCUCUUUGCCUUCAAGGUUGGACCGCCUAGAUCACGUCACGGUCUCGCAGCUCGGCUCCCUCGGACCGCCGAUCGACAAUGCUGAUGCGUCCAGGCAAAUCAAGUCGGCUCGGCGGUUUCGCAUGGCUUCUGGCUGUCGCCGCGACGGCCGUGGUCGUUGCUCUCCUGGGACUCAUGCCGCCCGUGCCGUGCUCUGCACUGCAUCACGUGCAACCGGCAGCGCGAAGGCCGAACACGAGGCAGUACGUCGUGCAUCUGGCGUCCGUGCCGUCAGUGCUGUCGUACCGUGGGGGAGUCAACGGGCUGCAGGGCACAGCGACUGUAGACGAUGGCGAGGACGAGUAUGACGAGGAUGACGGGGCGGAUGAUGGGGCGGAUGAUGGGGCCGAUGCUGGUGGUGGUGGUGGGAGUGGUGGUGAUGAGAGUGGUGGGAAUGGUGGCAAUGGCACUGCACCAGGAUCAGCCGCAGCACUAGCACCAGCAGCACCAGGAUCAGCACCAGCACCAGCAGCAGCAGGAUCAGCACCAGCACCAGCAGCAGCAGGAUCAGCACCAGCACCAGCAGCACCAGGAUCAGCACCAGCACCAGCAGCACCAGGAUCAGCACCAGCACCAGCAGCACCAGGAUCAGCACCAGCACCAGCAGCACCAGGAUCAGCACCAGCACCAGCAGCACCAGGAUCAGCACCAGCACCAGCAGCAGCAGGACCAGAAGCAGCAGCAGCAGUGGCGGCAGCAGAAACAGAAACAAAUCUGUUGUCGGGGUCAGGGCCAGAAUCAGACGAGGAUGCCUUCGAUGCCGUUAUUCAGUCCGCCGCUGAGGCUGCUGCAGAAGAAGCAAUGCACAUAGGAGGGAUGGUUACAGGUGCAGGAGCAGCAGCAGGGGUGCAAGGAAGAGGACUGGGGGAAGGAGGAGUGAGGAUGAGCGCACUGCCGUUUGGAAGAGGUGGGUUGGAUGCGCUGGUGGGGAGGGUGAGGCGUCGCCUGGGCAAGCUCAGAUCGAGCUCUGCUGGCGUGGGGCCGCGCCUGCUGGCCCGCGUUGCUGCUGCUGCAGUGGCUGCUGCAGCAGAGGAAGCAGCUGGAGCAGCUGCCGCUGGUGCUGCUGCUGAUUUCCAUACCUCUUCCUUCAAUGCGUUGUACCCUUCUGCUACCUCCGCGGAUUUCAGCGCCAUUGGUAACAUGACACGUGGCAGGAGAGCUGCAGGAGACAGGGAACCUCUGGCAGCAGGGGCCAUGUCACCCGCGCUGACAGUGCAGCAGCUGAGUGCGCGAGCUGCUCGCAUCAUGCGCACCACGCCCUGGGGCCGACUCAUGCGACCCGACGUGCGGUUACCACACGUGCAGGCCUUCACUCGCUUCCUGGAAGCUUCCCACCGCAGCCUGCUGCGGUCUCUAGGGAUCCCAACCUCCGCCAUCUUCCACAGCUACACCUAUCUGCUGAACAGCUUUGCAGCGCAGCUCACCCCUGCUGAGGCGAGGCGGCUGAAGUGGCACCCGGCAGUGGCGGACGUGGAGAGAGAGAGGACAGUGCGGGUGAACAUGGUGCACUCGCCUGAAUUUCUCAAGCUCGACUCGAGCCUGUGGCCUGCGAAUGGCGGGCAGAGCAGCGCUGGGGAGGGGGUGAUUAUCGGGGUGAUUGACUCGGGCAUCUGGCCGGAACACCCCUCCUUCUCUGACCCUGACCCAAGCGGAGCAGCUUAUUCCGCUGUCCCUUCGCGCUGGAGGGGCGUGUGCACCAAGACAGCUGACUACAGCGCGUGCAACGACAAGGUGAUCGGGACGAGGUACUUUGUGAAGGGCGCCGAGAAGGAGUUUGGCAAGCUGGAUGAGACGGAAGACUACCGGUCGGCACGCGACAAACUGGAACACGGCACGUGGUGUGCGGGAGCCGCUGCGGGCAAUUCUGGAGUCACUGUUACCAUGGGAGGCCGGACCUAUGGCACAGCAUCGGGCAUGGCGCCACGCGCCAGGCUGGCAGUGUACAAGGCGCUGUGGGUCAUCGGGGGGAAUGAGGGGGUGGGGGUGACUUCCGACCUGAUAAAAGCUGCUGAAAAGGCGGUUGCUGAUGGCGUGGACGUCAUCUCGUGCUCGUGGGGGGGCCUCGCCUUGUACUUCCAAGAUCUUCCGUACCUGCGAGGACUUAAGGCCGGAGUGGUGACAGCCUUUGCAGCAGGCAACGAGGGUCGGCCUGACCCCAUGCGCAUGUGGGGCACCCUUGCAAACGUCUCUCCCUUCUACCUCACCGUGGGAGCCAGCACCAUGGGGCGGGAAUACAGGGCUGUACUAACCCUGGGCGACGGAACCACCUUCUCGGGUCGCAGUCUGGGCGGCAGCAGUGACACGGCGGCAGCUCUCCCCUUGGUGCUGGGUGAAUCCGCUUUGCCUCCAAAUGGGUUAGAAAGCGAGGGCAAGGAAUGCCAACCGUUUGCCAUCGACCCGGCCCUAGUGGCGGGCAAGUUCCUGGUGUGCACCGUCUUGGAGCUCCCCCUCGACCUCCUGCAGGAGGACGCGGACAAGCAUGGGGCGGCUGCUAUACUCGUUAUAAGCGGGAGCCCUAGUACUGACAUGCAGCAUAUCAUACCCUUCACCAAGACCCCCAGCAUCUUCAUCAAAUACGCGCCUGGGAGGGCCAUCAGGAGCUACAUCACCGCUCAAAGCAGCCCCUCCGCCACCCUAUCCCCCUUCACCGCGUCCUACUCCACCAAUGCGCCCCAGGUGGCCUACUUCUCAUCCGCCGGCCCCCCCCGCAGCCCCUUCUACUGGCCCCCGCUCCUGAUCCGCGACUUCCCCACCAAUGACAUCCUGAAACCCGACGUCAUGGGCCCGGGGUUCCAACUAUGGGCCGCGGCUCCGGGUAAAUCGGUCGAUACUGCUAAGACUGACGAUCCUAAUUUCAACUACUGGUCCGGGACGUCCAUGGCGACGCCGCAUUUGGCGGGGAUCAUGGCGCUGAUCGUGCAGAAGAAGCCGAGCUGGUCGCCCGCGCAGGUGAUAUCCGCCAUCACCACAACGGCUUAUACGAAAAAUCAAAACGGGCAGCCGAUUCAGCGGGCAGAUGAAACAAACGCGAGCGCGUGGGACUACGGAGGCGGGCACGUGGAUCCCACGCGCGUGUUGGACCCCGGGCUCACGUUUCACGCUGCACAUCGAGAUUAUGUAAAUUUUCUUAUGGGGAGGGAUCCGCUAAGAGCGACGAAGCGGUUUUGGCGAAAGGUGAAACACCCAGUUUUUCCAUGGAACCUGAAUCGUGCGUCCAUAGCGGUGACCCGGUUACGCGGCGUUGCGGUAGUGCACAGACGCGUUAAGAACGUCUACCAUAAGAAGUCUACAUAUAAAGCGAAAGUGGAGACUCCACAGGGAUUUGUGGUGAAAGUUUCGCCUAAGAAGUUCACUAUUCUGCCUGGAAAAUCCAAGGUGUUUAGGGUGACCAUUAUGGGCUUUCCUAGUUUUCUUUUCUUCGAGAAAGUUCAGGUUUGGUACAAUCUUAUGGAGAGACCAAUAUGGACACUCUAUUCCGGUGCGCUUGGUGUCAGGUCUUGCUUUAUUUUAUGUACAGUGUCAUGAAUUUCUGUUUUGUUCUAUAUGAUCUUAUCAAGUACUGGUGUGGUGUAGUGUCUAUUGUUAAAUUAUACAUU